UGACAACGACGCCAUAUUCGCAGUGGGAAGUGUAAACGAGCUUGAAUUGAUUACUGAAACUGGCUACACUAUUAGUUAUACUGAGGAUGCUGUGAAAGAAUACAAAAGAUGGCAUCAAGACCUUUACGGAGUUCCCAUGGGAAACCAUUCUCUGCAAACAGAACACAUGUCAGUACUCCACCUAAAACUGUUUCUGGUGAAAGAUACCCCGAGAUUAAACAACGAGGUUUCUACUCCGACAUAGUCGGUACCGAUGCUGCCGAGAGCACAAAGAAUGUCCUCAACGGCCCACCCACAGCACAAGACACACUCUGGACCGUGGCCAAAGAGAAACACACACCUAGAGUGACAACAUUCACAGCAAAGGCUGGACUUGAAGAUGCCAUUAAAAAUCAACAGUCCUAUGGCCCUACCACAGAAAACAAAGAUAUAUCAGAUUUCCCUCUGACUGCCUCAGAGCCCAAAGUACAACUUCCUUUCUACACAAAGCCCGGGGAAUGUCCUCGAAAAAUAGAGAUUGAAAGACGGCGGAGGCAUUAUGCCAGCCAAGACCUCGAUGAACUGCUGAACUCACACAAUAUUCAGACAGAACUGCUGAUGCCAAAACAGCAGGUGAACGGCAACAACAACGUCAUUCUGAAUGCAGACCCCGACGACCCCGCCCCCUUCCCACCCUACUUGCCAUUACACAUCUUCGACAACGAAGAGUUUGACAGUCGUACGCCUGCAGAGUGGAUUGCUCUUGGACAAGAGAAUGGAUCACGAAAACCAGUUCCUGGCAUCGCAUUGCUGCCGACCAAAGAUGCAGAUGUGGAGAAGGAGCCAACAGACCCCAGUGUUGAGUACGACUGGUUCCGUGUGGGAGUCCUGGACUAUGAUGAGACAUGUAAGAGGUACCUGGUGCAGAAGGUCAACAAGUCUGGCAGAGUCGUCGACCCUGACGGAAAACCUGUUGUAAAUGGUGGAAUGCUGGACGAUGGUACUAGAAUAAAGCUGUCUAACCAGUUCUGGGUCCCCCGAAUCCGCCUGAUGCUGAUGGCUGAAGACCCCCAGAUAUAUGCCAUACGUGUGUCCCAAGCCUACGAGGCCCGCAAACUGUGUGAGGCGGAGCUGCGAUACAACCUGUACAUAGACUGUAUGCCCAUGGAUGGUGUUGGGGAGUUGGACCAGGCGUCACUCAAGAGGAUGAUUGAGUGGGCACGGAGCGCCCCAGGACUGGCCAGAGACAAGCAUGUGGAGGACUAUGUACAAGUGCUGGAGAAGGAGGUCAACAUUGACUUCUGUCGCUCCAUGAACAGAAUCAUCUUUGAGAAGACAGUGAAUGAAGACCCACACACCUUUGCCUUUGUCUCUGUCCCCACCGUGGUGAAAGUCAGCAUUCCCCGGAGAGGUUGUUGUCUAGAUGUGCCAGAAUACCCAUUUGAUGAGCAGUACGACAACUUUGCCUUCAACUCGCUGCUGACACGUGAAGAGAGUAUCCAGGCAACAGGCAAAGUCCGCACAGAAUGUAACAAGGUAGCAGGCAUGCCGCUGUUCCACGUCCCGACUGCUAAACCCAUGAGGCUGGAGGAGUUCGAACAGACACAGUCACAGACAACGUCUCAGGUGUCUCUGUUCCUGAAGGACAGCUGGAUCACCACGCUGCGAGCCAACAUCCGGACCUGUCUGCGAGACGUGGGCAAGGGCUGGUUCAACAUCCAUGAGACAAACUGGGAGGUGUACCAGAUCUCCAAACUCAAGAAGUUCAUGGAGAUGGUCAAGUUUAUCAUGCAGGACUCCCUGAGGUACCUGGUGCAAGACUCGCUGGUCAACUUCACACAGAUGGUGGUAGAUGCCUGUCACUCUACCCUUGAGCUGGAAGACAGCUUUGUGUGGGGACCUGAUGUGAUCAGCAGUUCCUUCAAACCAAAGAGGAAUGCCCUGUUCCUGGUGGACCUGACCCUGGAUAACCAGGGCGUUCACUACAGCACCAAUAUCACAUCAUUUGAGUCCACCCUCGUCUCACUGUUUGACCGCGGAAUCGUCUCCACACAGAAUGUGCCCCAGUUGGAGAAGUACAUCCUUGAGGACAUCUUCUGGUCUGGAACUCCGCUCCUGGAGUCUGUGGGGGAACACGAGCCCCCGGUGGAGGAGCUGCGAGAUGCCAUCUGUAAUGCCAUCCGCCAGGCGGUGAUCCCCAUGAAGGCGUACGCCCGGGAGUAUGAGAAGUACCUGGAACUCAUGAACCUGGACAUCAACCUCUACAUCAAGCAAAUGAGGGAGCGUUUGAGUGAAAUACAAGAGAAUGAGGGGACAUACGAGGGUGAAGGUCAUACAGCAGCAGAGGUCAAAAAAGAGGUUGAGAUGCACCUACAGGAGAAGGAAAUACUUGAACAGGCAUUGCCAAGCAACAUCAUCAUUGGACCAUUCUGGGUGAACACUGAGAAUGUUCGGCAGGCACUGUCCAAGAAGAGGAAGAACCUGAGUAACGCUGUCCUGGAACUCCUUGCAAGACAGCUCCGGAAACAGGCAGAUGAUGCUUGUGAGGAGUUCAAGGCAUUCAGUCGCAAGCUGUAUGAGAAGCCAAACUGCAUCGAGGAACUGUCUGAGAUGAAGGAGUGGAUGAAGGCCAUCCCAGACAAGCUGAAGGAACACCAGGAACUGAUAGACAAGGCCAUGACAGACUAUGAGCUGAUAGAGGAGUUCUACUACAACCUGUCCACGGAUGACUUCAAUGCAAAGUGGACUGCCAUUGGUUGGCCUCACAAGAUCGAGCAUCAGAUGGAGCAGACCAAUCAACAACUGGAUGAAGAUGAAGAGAGAUUCCGCAAGCUGCAAUCAUCUGACCAAACAAACUUUGAAGACCGGCUUGAUACCCUGCAGAUGGUAGUAGCUGGCAUGGCUGCCCACACAGACAUCUCCAAGGCUCAUGAGAUCGCCAAUGACGUCCGCAGGGUCCACAAGCAACUGAAGGAAGCCCAGACUCUGGCCCAGACCUACAACACCAGAGAGAGACUGUUUGGGAUGCCUGUGUCCAAUUACGACAAGCUGACAAAGCUUGUCAGGGACUUUGAUCCAUUCCGCAAUUUGUGGAUCACCGUGUCCGACUGGCAACGAUGGAAUGACAGCUGGAACAACGACCCUCUCACUUCCAUAAACGCUGAAGAUGUGGAGAAAAAUGUUAACGAGGCAUACAAGACCAUGCACAAAUCGGUGAAGAUCUUCCAAGAUAUUCCAGGUGUCCAGCAGGUGGCCGCUGAGAUCAAGAGCAGCAUCGAGGAGUUCCGGCCCUUCAUUCCACUUAUUCAAGGCCUGCGUAACCCUGGCAUGAGGAACAGACAUUGGGAGCAGUUGUCUACUGACCUUGGUUUCCCAAUCCGACCCAAGGCCAACCUGACCUUCAAGAAAUGCCUGGAAAUGAACCUACAAGAACACAUCCAGGUCAUUGCCAAGGUCGCAGAGGUUGCCGGCAAGGAGUACUCCAUUGAACAGGCUCUGGACAAGAUGGAGAAGGAAUGGGACCCUGUCAUGUUUGAGAUCAUUCAAUACAAGGAGACUGGCACCUUCAUCCUGAAGAGUUCCGAGGAAACCUCCCAGCUCCUUGACGACCACAUCGUCAUGACACAGAGCAUGUCCUUCUCACCCUACAAGAAACCCUUCGAAGACCGCAUCAACAACUGGGAGAACAAGCUCCGGACCACACAGGAUGUGCUGGACGAAUGGCUCCAGUGCCAGCGGGCGUGGCUGUAUCUGGAACCCAUCUUCAGCUCCGAGGACAUCAAUCGGCAGCUGCCAGUAGAGAGUAAGCGCUACCAGACUAUGGAGAGGAUGUGGAGGAAGAUCAUGAAGAAUGCCAAGGAGAACCCUCAGGUGAUCUCCCUGUGCCCUGACAACCGUCUCCUUGACAACCUACGAGAGUCCAACAAACUGCUGGAGCAGGUGCAGAAGGGACUCAGCGAGUAUCUGGAGACCAAGCGAAAUGCCUUCCCACGAUUCUACUUCUUGUCCGAUGAUGAGCUGUUGGAGAUUCUGUCUCAAACCAAAGACCCGACUGCCGUACAGCCUCAUCUUCGCAAGUGCUUUGAGAACAUCGCCAAGCUGAAGUUUGAGGAUGAUCUGAAGAUCACGCGGAUGUACUCUGGUGAGGGAGAGGAUGUGGGAUUCCGAGAGAGCAUGUAUCCCACGGGAAAUGUGGAGGACUGGAUGUCGGAGAUAGAGAGAGUGAUGAAGGAGAGUCUCAGGCUCAUCAUCAAAGAUUCAUUACAAAACUACAAAGAGGUACCUCGAACAGACUGGGUUCUGCAGUGGCCAGGUCAGGUCGUCAUCGCAGGCUGCCAGACAUACUGGAGUUCGGAGGUGACAGACUCCCUUGAGAAGAACUACCUCAAUGACCUGUACAAGACGCUGCUGCAGCAGCUGGAUGACCUGAGGAACCUGGUGAGAACUGACCUCCCCAAGAUCGGCAGGAUGACCCUCUCUGCCCUCAUUGUUGUGGAGGUCCAUGCCCGAGAUGUGGUGGCCAAGAUGGUGGAGGCCAAUGUCAGCAAUGCCAAUGACUUUGAAUGGAUCAGUCAGCUCAGAUACUACUGGCUAGAGGAUGAGAACCUGUACACUCGGGCUGUCAAUGCUCAAUUCCCCUAUGGGUACGAGUACCUCGGGAACACCAGCCGCCUCGUCAUCACACCCCUCACUGACAGAUGCUACCUGACCCUGACCGGGGCUCUCCAUCUCAAGUUUGGUGGUGCUCCUGCUGGCCCGGCCGGGACAGGCAAAACAGAGACAACCAAGGAUCUGGCCAAGGCUAUGGCUAUCCAGUGUGUUGUCUUCAACUGCUCAGACCAGCUUGACUUCAUGGCUAUGGGCAAGUUCUUCAAGGGUCUGGCCAGUGCUGGCGCCUGGGCUUGUUUUGAUGAGUUUAACCGUAUCGACAUUGAGGUGUUGUCUGUGGUUGCUAUGCAAAUCACAACAAUCCAGAAAGCCCAACAACAGCGGUUGGACAGGUUCAUCUUUGAAGGUGUGGAGCUGGCGCUGAAGGCGUCCUGCGCUGUCUUCAUCACCAUGAACCCUGGCUACGCAGGCAGGACGGAGCUGCCGGACAACCUCAAGGCGCUGUUCCGUCCAGUAGCCAUGAUGGUGCCUGACUACGCCCUCAUCGCCGAGAUCUCUCUCUUCUCCUUUGGGUUCUCAGAUGCCAGGAACCUCUCCAAAAAGAUUGUCACCACAUUUAAACUGUCUUCCGAGCAGCUCAGCUCUCAGGAUCACUAUGAUUUUGGUAUGCGUGCUGUGAAGAGUGUCAUCUCAGCGGCAGGAAACCUGAAGCGACAACACCCAGACAUGGACGAGGAAUUGAUUGCUUUACGUGCCAUCAGGGACGUCAAUGUACCCAAGUUCCUGAUAGACGAUCUCAAACUCUUCUCCGGUAUCGUGUCUGAUCUUUUCCCGAACAUCAAGGAUGAGUCUAUAGACUAUGGAGCCCUUGAUACAUCACUCAGGAAGAGCUGCAACAAACUCUCCAUCAAGGAUGUCGACGGAUUCAUCAAGAAGUGUAUUCAGCUGUACGAGACCACGGUGGUGCGACACGGUCUCAUGUUGGUGGGGCCCACAGCAUCUGGCAAGACAAAGUGCUAUGAAACACUACAGAAGGCUAUGACGUCACUGAAAGGGGAGAUGUCACCUGCAGGGGUGCCGUUUGAACAUGUCCACACGUUUAUCCUCAACCCCAAGUCCAUCACUAUGGGGCAGCUGUAUGGAGAGUUCGACAUCCUGACUCAUGAAUGGACUGAUGGCAUCCUGUCCUCACUCAUCCGAAACAGUGCAUCAGCAACUGAUACAGACCUGCGCUGGUUUCUGUUUGACGGCCCCGUGGACGCAGUGUGGAUCGAAAACAUGAACACCGUGCUGGACGACAACAAGAAGUUGUGUCUCAGCAGUGGAGAGAUCAUCAAACUCUCCGAUGGCAUGACGAUGAUGUUCGAGGUGGCUGACCUGGCUGUCGCCUCCCCUGCUACCGUCAGUCGUUGCGGCAUGGUGUACCUUGAACCCAGCUACAUCGGCCUCAACCCCUUCGUGGAGUGCUGGCUGAAGAAACUUCCGGACAACAUCUACGACCACAAGGACCAUCUGCAGCAGCUCUUUGAUGCGUUCAUGGAGCCUGCCCUGAAGUUCGUGAGAAACAAUGUGAAGGAAAUUGUUCCGACUGUCGAUGGCAACCUGGUCUUCAGUCUCCUGAAGCUCAUCGAGUGCUUCUUUACUCCCUUCAUUCCUAAAGAGGCAAGCCAGAGACGAGUGGGAGAGAAUCCCAUCUCCGAUGAGGCCCUGGCACGGGUGAAGGAGCUGAUUGAACCCUGGUUCAUCUUCGCCCUCGUGUGGAGCAUUGGCGGCACUGGGGACAACGACAGCCACAAGAAGUUCUCCGACUGGCUCAGAAACAAAAUGAAAAAGGAGAAUAUGACAAUGCCAUUCCCUGAAGAGGGUCUAGUGUAUGACUACUCCCUGGACGAUGCAGGCCUCAGCAGCACCAGCAGCGAGGACCUGGAUGAAGAGGACAACGCUGUGGAGAAGAAGGUCCAGUGGCUCAACUGGAUGCAUGGCCUGCCAUCGUUUUCAAUCAACCCCGAGACUCGCUACUCCGACAUCAUCGUGCCCACCAUUGACACCAUCCGCAACUCUUACAUCAUUGAGUUGCUGCUCCUGAACAAGAAAACAGUGUUAAGCAUAGGCCCUACUGGUACUGGCAAGACCCUGACUAUUGCAGACAAGCUGACACGCAACCUGCCAAAGGAAUACAUCCCAGAGUUCAUUGUCUUCUCUGCCAAAACAAGCGCCAACCAGACCCAGGAUCUCAUUGAUGGCAAACUAGACAAGAGACGUAAAGGUGUGUUUGGUCCUCCGCUGGGCAAGUACUUCAUCUUCUUUGUGGAUGACCUGAACAUGCCAGCCCUGGAGGUGUACGGAGCUCAGCCGCCCAUCGAGCUGCUACGGCAGUGGACGGACUUCAGGGGAUGGUAUGACAGAAAAGCCAUUGGUGACUUCCGUAACCUUGUCGAUGUGAGCUUUGUGUGUGCCAUGGGUCCGCCUGGUGGUGGGCGUAACCCGGUGACAGCUCGCUUCCUGCGCCAUUUCAACUUCCUGGCCUUCACAGAGAUGGAGGAUCUCAGCAAGAAGAAGAUCUUUGGCACCAUCCUCAACUCCUGGACUAGUCAGAAUUCCAGCCUAGCACAGCACAACCAGCAGCUGGUGGAGACCUGCAUCGACAUGUACAACACCAUCACCACCCAGCUGCUGCCCACGCCAGCCAAGAGUCACUACACAUUCAAUCUCCGGGAUCUCUCCAAGGUUUUCCAAGGAAUACUCAUGAUGGAUCCCACAAAAGUCCAGAGCGUGAGUGAGAUGCUGCGUCUGUACUACCAUGAGAGUUGCCGAGUGUUCCAGGACCGUCUGGUCAAUGACCAGGACCGACAGUGGUUCGAGGAUCUGCUGAAAGAGAAGAUGGAGACAGAUUUCAACAUGAAAUAUGAUGAGGUCAUCAUCAGGAAGCCCGUGUUGUUUGGGGACUUCAUGCAGGCCAGCUCUGCUGAUAGACCUUACAUUGAGAUAGAGGACCAUGAUAAGAUGGUGAAGGUUGUUGAAGAGUACCUGGAGGACUACAACCAGAUCAACACUGCCCAGAUGAAACUGGUUCUCUUUUUGGAUGCCAUCAAACAUGUCUGUCGCAUCAGUCGUAUCAUCCGACAGCCUCUCGGCAACGCUCUCCUACUGGGAAUGGGUGGCAGUGGGCGUCAGUCACUCACCAGACUUGCUGCUCACAUGGCUGAAUUUGACUGUUUUCAAGUUGAGCUGGCUAAAAACUAUGGGAUCCCAGAAUGGCGUGAGGACUUGCGUAGUGUGAUGAUGAAGGCAGGACUGGAGAACAAGCCUAUGGUGUUCCUCUUCAGUGAUACUCAGAUCAAGAAUGAGACUUUCCUGGAGGACCUGAACAACAUCCUCAAUGCUGGAGAUGUUCCCAACAUCUACGGCUUCGAUGAGCAGGACCAGAUCUACACAGCCAUGAAGCCCAUCGUCCAGGACCUCGGUCUCCAGCCCACCAAGACCAACCUGUUCUCGUGCUACACCAAGCGUAUCCGUAGCAACCUACACACCGUCAUCACCAUGAGCCCCAUUGGCGAGAUAUUCCGUGCACGUCUUCGUCAGUUCCCCGCUCUCGUCAACUGCUGCACCAUCGACUGGUUCAGUGAGUGGCCUGAGGAUGCUCUGCGAUCUGUUGCUAUGCGCUUCCUCACCGACAUCCCGGACCUCGACACCACAGAUGAGGUCAUGGAUGGUCUGGUGGUCAUGUGUCAGGAGAUCCACCAGUCUGUACACGUCAACUCCCAGCGCUUCCUGGCCGAGUUGUCGAGACACAACUACGUAACUCCCACCAGCUACCUGGAGCUGCUCGGCAUCUUCUCCAAGCUCAUCGGGCUCAAGAAGAUGGAGCUGAACACCGCCAGGAGACGUCUCAAGACAGGUCUGGAUAAGCUGCUGACAACUGCAGAUGAAGUUGCAAAGCUGCAGGAGGAGUUGGCGACAAUGAGGCCGCUGCUGGAGGAGGCUGUCCAGGAAUCUGUCAACACCAUGGAGAAGAUUUCUGUUGACACGAAAUAUGCGGAGGAGACGAAGGCCGUGGUGCAGAAGGAGGAGGCAGAGGCGGCCAUCAAGGCCAGGGAGACACUGGCCAUUGCUGACGAUGCUCAGCGGGAUCUCAAUGAAGCUCUGCCAGCCCUGGAUGCUGCCCUGGCCAGUCUGAAAUCCCUGAACAAGAACGACGUGGUGGAGGUACGAGCCCUGCAGCGACCACCGGAUGGUGUCAGGAUGGUUAUAGAGGCUGUGUGUAUCAUGAAGUCUGUCAAACCAAAGAAAGUGGCAGGAGACAAGCCUGGCUCCAAGAUUGACGACUACUGGGAGCCCGGCAAGGCCAUGCUCCAGGACCCCACCCGUUUCCUGGAGAGUCUCUUCAAGUAUGACAAGGACAACAUACCAGACGAUGCCAUCAAGAAGAUUCAGCCCUAUAUUGAUGAUGAUGCCUUCCAGCCGGCAGCCAUUCAGAAGGUGUCCAAAGCCUGUACCUCUAUCUGUCAAUGGACAAGAGCCAUGCACAAGUACCACUUCGUGGCUAGAGGCGUAGCCCCCAAGAGGGAGAAGCUGCGUAUAGCCCAGGCUGACCUGGCCGAGACUCAACGCAUCCUGGACUCAGCCAAGGCCAAGCUGCAGGAGGUGGAGGAGGGCAUUGCCACGCUGCAGGCCAAGUACGAGGACUGUGUCCGCAAGAAGGACGAGCUGGAACACAAGUGUUCUGAGUGUGAAGCUAGACUCGUCAGAGCUGACAAGCUGAUCGGUGGUCUGGCGGAUGAGAAGGAGAGAUGGAAGGAGUCCGUGGACAGGCUGGAGAUGGUCAUCGACAACAUCACCGGGGAUGUCCUCGUCUCCUCAGGAUACAUCGCUUACCUCGGACCCUUCACGGGGGAGUACCGGCAGCAGAUGCAGGUUGAGUGGGUGGAGAAGCUGGACAAGCUGAAAGUCCCGAGGACGGAGGACCCAACACUCGUGUCCACCAUGAGUGACGCGGUCAAGGUCCGAAGCUGGCAGAUCUGUGGUCUCCCCAAGGACAGUCUCUCAGUGGAGAACGGUGUCAUCGUCCAGUUCUCGCGUCGUUGGUCUCUCUUCAUUGAUCCUCAGGGUCAGGCUAACAAGUGGAUUAAAAACAUGGAGAGAGACAAUGGGCUGGACAUCAUCAAGCUGUCAGAUCGUGACUUCCUCCGAAGUUUGGAGAAUGCUAUCCGGUUUGGCAAACCCUGCCUCUUGGAGAAUGUCGGUAUUGAGUUGGACCCUGCGCUGGAACCAAUUCUGCUGAGACAGACUUUCAAGCAGCAAGGUAGCACUGUGAUCAAGCUGGGAGAUGCAGUUAUCCCCUACCAUGAAGACUUCAAGUUCUACAUCACCACCAAGCUGCCCAACCCACACUACACUCCAGAAGUGUCAACCAAGGUCACUCUCGUCAACUUCACCCUGUCACCAAGUGGUCUGGAAGACCAGCUGCUGGGUACAGUAGUGGCAGAAGAGCGACCUGACCUAGAGGAGGCCAAGAACCAGCUGAUUGUGAGCAAUGCCAAGAUGAAGCAGGAACUGAAGGAGAUUGAGGACAGGAUCCUGUAUCGUCUUAGCUCCUCCGAGGGCAGCCCAGUUGACGACAUCGACCUCAUACAGACACUAGAGGCUUCCAAAAUCAAGUCCAUGGAAAUCCAGGCCAAGGUGGUGGUAGCCGAGCAGACUGAGAAGGACAUUGACCAGACUCGCAGUCAGUACAUCCCAGUAGCCAUCAACACCCAGAUCCUCUUCUUCUGUGUGGCUGACAUGGCCAACAUCGACCCCAUGUACCAAUACUCUCUGGAGUGGUUCAUCAACAUCUACCUCAGUGGUAUUGCCAAUGCUGAGAGAGCAGACAACAUUCCACAGCGUAUCAAGAAUAUCAACAACUACUUCACCUUCAGCCUCUACAGCAAUGUCUGCCGCAGUCUGUUCGAGAAACACAAACUUCUCUUUGCCUUCCUGCUCUGUGCCAGAAUCAAGAUGCACGAUGGCUCCAUCAAUAUGGAUGAGUGGAGAUUUUUGAUUGCUGGAGGUACAGUGAAACCCGAAGAGUUACCAAACCCCGCCCCUGAGUGGAUAUCAGAUCGCUCAUGGCAGGACAUCUUAACUCUGGGUGUUUUGCAAAAGUUUGUCGACUUCCCCCGAGACUUCAAGAAUCAUGUUGAUGGGUUCAAGAUGAUCUUUGAUAGUACAGAACCACACAGGGAAUCUCUCCCGGCUCAGUGGGAUGAAAAGCUGGACAGUUUCCAGAAAAUCAUUGUGCUGAAAUGCUUACGGCCAGAUAAAGUGACCAAUGUCAUGCAGGACUAUGUGGCCGCAAACCUGGGUCAGAGAUUCAUCGAGCCUCAGACUGCUGACCUUCACCAUGUGUACAAAGACUCCUCACCAACUACACCGCUCAUCUUCGUACUGUCGACCGGUACUGAUCCUGCCGCUGACCUUUACAAGUUCGCAGAGGAGAUGAGAUUCGCCAAAAAACUCUCAGCCAUAUCCCUUGGUCAGGGACAGGGCCCCCGAGCAGAGGCGAUGAUGCGUAGCGCCAUGGAGAGAGGGAAAUGGGUCUUCUUCCAGAACUGCCACUUGGCGCCAUCUUGGAUGCCUUCCCUGGAGAGACUCAUCGAACAGAUCGAUGUGGACAAGGUGCACCGAGACUUCCGCCUGUGGUUGACCAGUAUGCCCAGUGACAAGUUCCCAGUGUACAUCCUACAGAAUGGCUCCAAGAUGACAGUGGAGCCGCCCAAGGGAAUCAAGGCCAACCUGCUCAAGUCGUAUGCUGGUUUCAAUGACGACUUUCUCAACUCAUGUGGUGACAAGAUGGUACUGAGGAAGGGUGAACUUGUAAAGUCGAAUCCCUUCAAGUUCCUGCUCCUUUCACUGUCCUUGUUCCAUGGUGUCCUCAUUGAGAGGAGAAAGUUCGGUCCUCUCGGGUUCAACAUCCCCUAUGAGUUCACCGAUGGAGACCUCCGGAUCUGUGUCAGUCAGCUCAAGAUGUUCCUUGUGGAAUACGAUGAAAUUCCAUACAAGGUGUUACGGUACACUGCUGGUCACAUCAACUAUGGAGGUCGUGUGACAGAUGACUGGGACAGACGCACCCUCAUGAACAUCCUCAACGACUUCUACAACCCUGAGAUCCUGGACGAGGACCACGUCUACUCCCCCAGCGGUGUCUACAGGCAGAUCAGCCCCUCCCAGGACCAUAAUGGUUACACAGCAUUUAUACGUAGCCUGCCCAUCAACGACACUCCGGAAAUCUUCGGCCUCCAUGACAAUGCCAACAUCACCUUCGCUCAGGCAGAGACGUUAUUCUUGUUGACCGGUCUCCUGCAGCUCCAGCCUAAGUCCAAGGCUGGAGGAGGCAAAUCCCGGGAAGAGGUGAUGGAGGACACAGCCAAGAACAUCCUGAGCCAGGUUCCUGCAGCUUUGCCAAUAGGCCCUGUGAUGGAGAAGUACCCUGUCCUGUAUGAACAGAGCAUGAACACUGUGCUGGUCCAGGAGGUCAUCAGGUACAACCGUCUGUUGAACACCAUCAACCAGUCACUGAAGGACCUGCUGAAGGCUCUCAAGGGUUUGGUGGUCAUGUCCCAGGAGCUGGAGAACAUGGCCAACUCCCUCUACAACAACGUGGUGCCCUCCAUGUGGGCAGGCAAGGCCUACCCCUCACUGAAGCCUCUUGCAUCCUGGGUGCUGGACCUGUGUUCUCGGAUGGAGUUCAUCACUGACUGGAUCGACAAUGGCAUUCCUCCAGUGUUCUGGAUCUCCGGCUUCUUCUUCCCACAAGCCUUCCUCACCGGAACACUGCAGAACUUUGCCAGGAGGAAGGUCAUCUCCAUCGACACCAUCAGUUUUGACUUCGAGAUUAUGCGAGAGUCGUAUGCAGAGCUCACGGAGUCGCCAAAAGACGGUUGCUACAUCCGAGGUCUGUUCCUAGAGGGCGCCAGGUGGGACUACACCAGCAACACCCUCACGGAGUCUCGGCCAAAGGAACUCUACACUGAUGUCCCAGUCAUCUGGCUCAAGCCUUUCCCCAACCGGAAGCCGAAGGAAAGCGGGAUCUAUGAGUGCCCUGUGUACAAGACACUCACACGAGCAGGUACUCUGUCCACUACUGGUCACUCCACCAACUUUGUGUUUACUGUGGAGCUGCCCAGUGACAAGGACUCUCGACACUGGAUAAAACAGGGCGUGGCCAUGCUGUGUGCCCUCAACUACUGAAGCACCUGUGCAGGACUGUGCAUUCACUCAUCAGACCACUGUUUGUGUUACAGUUGGAAUUCCAAACUAUUUACUUACACGUUUUUAUAACGAAUUGAAAAAUGUUUUACCCCAUCUGUGAUAUGUUUUUUUGUGUAUAUAAAAUAAAUUAUUAUUAUUCAUUGAAAUGUGAAAUAUAUUUGAAGUAUAUUUAUAGUGAAAUGCUGUUGAGUGCUAAAAUUGUAAUUUACACUAACUUGUGAUAGUUUUGACACUGCUGUUAGUCAGUAAGAAUUGUUGCUAUGCAGAAUGUUACCCUCAGACAACAGGUUCUACAGCAUUAACUUCUAGAUGGACACACCCAGAGGGACGCUACCCUCAGUCUCUAGAGGUCAUGCUUCAGUUACUAGCAGCUAUUUUGUGAGUUCAGGUUCAGCGACUCUGGCUUCAGGUUAAACAUAAACACACAUAUUUUAAUUGGCAUAUUUUUCCCAUUUAGAUUAACUACUGGUAUAUUGUUAAUGUAACAUUGCAAAGUUAAUUCAGUUGAAAUAUUUAUUCAUAACAUUGGAUAGUCUUGUGUUCUGAAAUUUGAUUUAAAAUGUUGAAUUGUCAAUGAUCAUAAACAUGUCCCAGUUUUGGGGGCUAUUAUGAUGGAAGGAUGUGGUAUAGUGUGAGAGUUGUGGAGUAUAUUCAGGAGCAGUUGGUGCACACCUUGCCAGCUGAUGAAGAAGGGAUCAGCCUAAGGUCACCUACACUAGCAGCAGCAUCUGCAGCACCAUGGAACAUUGUCACCAGCAAGCUGUGUCUUUAACUGUCUUGGUGUUGCCAAAGUUUCACUGUUGAGAACACAUGAAUGACUGUCUACCACCUGAAAUACUGCUUGUGUCAUUUAUGCAUGACUGAGUCUUGACAACAUUGCCAUUUUGAUGCCGGGAGUUGUUGGACUGUAGGGAUGAUGUAUAGAAAAAGAGAUUUAGCAGCAAUCUGUGGACCUCUGUCGUUAAUGUCUAUAGGCUGUGGGGCAGGCUGACCUCAAUUACAGACAGCUGUGGCGUAGUGGACAAUGGUUGCAGUGGUCACUCCAACCCCCCAUCGACCCUCAGUCCAUUUUGGCCUGUAUUGACUUAUCUGGAUCAAGGCUGAUGCAGGUAUUAGCCCAGGUGCAUCACAACAGCAGUGGGGCCAAAACCAUUGGUAGUCAUAUAUUGCUCUGAAGUCAGUUUCUCACUCUUAAAAUCAUUUUGAAAAACCUGAAUAAGUAUUUGUGACUUUGAAAGUAUUAUUUUCAAGAAUUUUACUGUUUUCCAAUACGUUUUAAGAUUUUAGCAUUAAGUACACGUUUUUUUAACUACCUUCCAUUUUGUGAAUAUAUUUAUUUUAGAUUUUCAGCAUUACAUUACUGAACGAAACUACAGCAUGAUCUUUGUGAUCAAUUUUUCAAAGGUUUUUCUGCACUGCUGAUGACAGUAUUAUUAAUCUAAUAAAAAAUUAUGGAUUUUGUUGUGGAGUGAUAAGUAUUUCGUGCUUAUAUUUCCAUGUAUAGAUAUGGUUGUGUAUGUCAUCAGCUGUUGUUGUUUGUCUAUAUCAGAUGAUUGACAGCAGAGUGACAUAUGUUACACGUCAAUAUUACCAUGGUCAGGCAGUAUUGAUGUAUUGAUCAACACCUCACAACUCCUAAGCAAAAUCUAAGAAUAACAAUACACUUUGAUCAAUCAAAUUUGUUUGACGUUAAUUAUAUUUUUAGGACUGAGGUAUACAUUUGUGCAAAAGUUUGUUCAUAUUUUAUUAUUUUUUAAAAUCAUAUCUUACAGUAUGAUAUAGAUGAAUAUUCCAUCCGUGCGCGCAUGUUUGUAGUCACAAUUCAUGUUGAAAAUUGUGACAAUAUUUUGUUGGUUCUGUGAUAACAUUCACAUAUGGCAUGACGUAGUGUGGCCAAAUAUGAUGACUAAUGACUACCGAGUCUGACAGUAUUAUCUUUCCGUCCAUGUGGAAGAUUUGUAUUUCACCGUGAAAUAUUCAUGGAAAGUUGUAGGUUGACACCACAGCCCACUGGUAGGGUACACAUUGUAUUCUUGUUGACCCAAUAAAUGAUGAGAUCACCA